CAGUUAACAUUGUUUGACAAAAAGUUGCUAAUAGGACCUGUUUACAUAAAAACAGAGUGUGUUUAUCUUAUUUCAAGAAAAGUCAGACUUCCGAAAAAAGAAUGGCCUCGCGCGCCCCAUCACGCGCUAGCAGUCGCUUGCAGCAGUAUGACGAGACGGGCGGCGACGACGAGUCACAGCAGCAAGCAGCGUUGGCAGCGGCAGCCGGAGGCGGCGGAACGAAGCCGGGCGAAGAGGCGCUGACUUCAACAACGAACGGCGGCGUUGCCGUGCUUGCCAACGGCGCCGACGAAGACGACGACGACGAGGAAGAGGAGGAGGAAGAGGAGGACGACGACGUCGAGGCGGUGGCGCCGCACGACGGCCCCUUGAUGAACCGCCACUCGCGCCGCCGUCACAACAACAACAACAAUAAUCGCGAGAAGAGCACGGAGACGGACGAGGACGACUACGAUUUGGCGUCGGGGCCGCCGCCGCCACCGCAACAGCCGGCAGCGGUCGGCGCGCGGCACGGCCUCGCCGCGCCAGCAAACGGCGGCUACUGGCGGCACGGCGUUGCCAGUCGGCCGUCGUCGCCCGGCGCCGUAACCAUGGCAGACAACGCCAGCGAGGCGUCCUCCAUGCUGCCGGCGGCGCCGCCUCCACGAUCCAAGAGUCGUGUCGAUCUAGCCACAUCACGAUACAGCAAUCUUAGUUACUGGCGCGCGCGACGGUUUAUCUUCUAUAAAAAUGGCGACCCAUUCUUCCCCGGCAUCGAGUUCCGGUUUAAACCAGGCCGGGACAUUGGUACUCUGGAGACGCUCAUGGACAAACUAUCAUUACGCAUGGAUCUACCCCGAGGAGCAAGGUACAUCUUUUCAAUGGACGGCGAUAGAAAAUUCCGAUUGGAUGAGUUAGAAGAUGGUGCUUCAUACGUUGUGUCAAGUUAUAAAACAUUUAAGGCUGCCAGUUACGGAAAGAAAAACGGAAUAUGGUACGCCUCUCCGGGUGGCCAAGGAUGGAGCAAAGGGCCAAGUCGCAAAGCAUCAAUCGUCGAAACAGACAUUCCACCACCUGGAGGCGGCGCAGGCAUCAAACCAAGUUCUGGUCGAGUGAUUCGAAUUGUAAACAACAUGGACCAUACAGUUCAAUGUCGUGUAUUAUUGAAUCUCCGCACAUCCCAACCAUUCGAAGAAGUUCUGGAAGACCUAGGCCAAGUUUUAAAGAUGAGCGGUGCCAAGCGAAUGUACACCGUUGCUGGCCAAGAAGUACGAAGUUUCUCACAAUUAAGAAAUGAAUUCGCAGACGUGGAUACAUUUUACUUGGGAGUUGGACCUGUUGGUGCAGGAGUAAUGUUAUCACCCGUCAGAAGAUCACGUUCACGAGCUCCUCCUGCUGCUGUGGUAGAAGAUUUGAGCAAACAAAGACGGGCAAGAAGCAAAUCAAGACCUCGGGCAUUAUACGCACCGGAAAGUGAAAUCAUUCGUACAAAUGAUUAUACUUUAUUGGAAGUUCUUAAAGAAGAACCUGUGCGUGUUACAAUCCGUGGACUGCGGCGCACCUUUUACCCGCCGAUCCAUCAUGCUCCGAUGGAUAACACUCCACCGGAAAAGAAAAUGCAACUUGAAUGGGUCUAUGGUUAUCGGGGUACCGAUUCCAGGCGCAAUUUAUGGGUACUGCCAUCUGGUGAAUUGUUAUAUUUUGUCGCUGCUGUUGCUGUUAUGUAUGAUCGCGAUGAGGAAACACAGAGGCAUUAUACAGGCCAUACUGAAGACAUUCAAUGUAUGGAUUUGCACCCAUCGAGGGAAUUGGUUGCUUCGGGACAAAAGGCAGGCAGAAAUAGGAAGACACAAGCACAUAUCCGAAUCUGGAGCACUGAUACUUUGCAAACUUUGUAUGUUUUUGGCAUGGGCGAAUUGGAAAUAGGAGUUGCAGCAGUGGCAUUUUCUCAGCUGAAUGGUGGUAUUUAUGUGUUAGCUGUUGAUGGUGGUCGUGAAAGUAUACUAUCUGUGUGGCAAUGGCAGUGGGGACAUCUUCUUGGUAAAGUUGCGACGUUGCAAGAAGAACUUACCGGUGCCGUAUUUCAUCCAUUAGACGAUAAUUUGUUAAUCACACAUGGAAAAGGACAUUUGACCUUCUGGAAUCGCCGAAAGGAUGGGUUCUUUGAACGCACCGACAUCAUCAAACCGCCAUCAAGAACAUUAAUUACAAGCCUUCAAUUUGAACAAGAUGGCGACGUUAUAACUGCCGACAGUGAUGGAUUCAUCACAAUUUAUAGUGUGGACAGCGAUGGCGCAUACUUUGUCCGCAUGGAAUUCGAAGCACAUAAUAAAGGUGUUUCUUCUUUGGUCAUGCUAAGCGAAGGAACUUUAUUAUCAGGUGGUGAGAAGGACCGCAAAAUUGCUGCAUGGGAUUCAUUACAGAACUACAAACGCAUUACUGAUACUAAACUGCCUGAAUCUGCUGGUGGUGUCCGGUCGAUUUACCCACAGAGGCCAGGGCGUAAUGACGGGAAUAUUUAUGUUGGCACGACGAAAAAUAACAUCCUUGAAGGAUCGUUGCAACGACGUUUCAAUCAAGUAGUUUUUGGUCAUGGACGUCAGUUGUGGGGACUUGCAGUACAUCCCGAUGAUGAGUUGUUUGCAACGGCAGGUCACGAUAAAAACAUUGCUUUGUGGCGUAAAAACAAAUUAAUUUGGACUACACAAGUAGCAUAUGAAUGUAUCUCACUGGCAUUCCAUCCAUUCGGUGUUGCUUUGGCAGCUGGUAGCACUGAAGGACAUUUAAUUAUCUUGAAUGCUGAAACCGGCGCUGCGAUGGCAACGCUAAGAGUAUGUGGAUCUCCUUUGAAUUGUGUUGGAUAUAAUCCAGCUGGUGAUAUGAUAGCAAUUUCAUCACAAAACGGCAGUGUUUAUUUAUUCAGAGUAAGUCGGGAUGGAUUCUCGUACAAAAAAUCGAACAAAAUUCGUGGAUCGCAACCAUUGAUGCAAAUGGAUUGGAGUACCGAUGGAAAUUAUGUGCAAACGGUCACCGCUGAUUAUGAUUUGUCAUUCUGGGACGUAAAAUCUUUGUCUCCUGAAAAGAGUCCCAUUGCCAUGAAGGAUGUAAAAUGGCACUCGCAUAACGCUACUGUUGGAUUCUUAGUUUCAGGAAUAUGGAACAAUCGAUUCUACCCAAUGACAUCCAUAAUCAGCACAGCAUGUCGAUCAGCAGCGCAUGAUUUACUUGUUAGUGGAGAUACAGAUGGUUAUUUGCGAUUGUUCCGUUAUCCAUGCAUCAGUACCAAAGCAGAGUAUAAUGAAGAAAAGUCAUACAGUGGACAGGUUGCAUGUGCUCGCUUUUUGUAUAACGAUCGCAACAUUGUCACCGUUGGCGGUACUGAUGCCGGUCUAAUGUUGUGGGAGUUAACUGAAGAAUAGCAAACGGCCAUCGCAUCGACAUCGGCACCCGUCUACUACAGUCCGCCCGUGACGCAGCGUCCAACUCGUUUCGUCCCCGCGCAGGACUCCGACCUUGAUUCCGAUUUGGAUGCGCCAUUCGAAGUGCUUCAACUUGAUUGCCACGGCUGAAACCACGAUGCGAAUUAAUCUUGCUUACACUCCAAGUUACAUCCGAUUGUGCACUGGUACAGUAACACCAACACAAAAGUCAACAACGUAAACAACAGGUUUUAGUCCAUGUGAAUCACUAAACUAAACGUUAUCAAGUGGGCAAGAAAAGUGCAACUUCAUCCUCUGCAAUUUGUCACUGACGUAAAAUAGAAACCAAGAACAGCCAUAAUUAAAUAAGUAAUUACAGCUAAGUAGCACCAAGAAUAGAUGUAUUUUGCGGAUUAAUAACGUUUCAAACGUGUUCAACGGUUUAUUGAAGUAAUUCAAAUGCAAAUCCGCGUUCCAUAUUCUAAAUUUCACUAAAUCUUAAUUGAUGAGUACUUAUAACGAAUAACCAACAUAAAGGCGAUAAGAAACUAUCAGAAACUAGCAAAAAGGUAAUGUAAAUUUUAUAUAUUCUCUAUAAUUGUUGGUCUAAAGCAGUUUCAUAGCGCAUCACCUCUUAGUAUUCACUUGAAAUACAAUCACUUUAAUAUUUUAAUUCAUUAUCUGAAAAUAGUUUAAUAUAAUUUAUGCAAAUCUAAUUUAACAUUUUUGAUAGUCAAACUACAAAUUUUAGGUACACGUAGAUAUAAAUUGAAAAAAUGAGAAUAAUAUCUUCCAAUUACUUCCAAUUUUACUUCCAGUUUAAAUCAAUGAUGUAUUUCAAAUGAAUAUAAUAGAAAUAGUCAACGUACGAGAAAAUAAAAUAAAACAAAACUGCCAAUAGGUUAUCUUAGUUUUAUAAAUUUGAUAUUUAAUGACAAUGCAACUCUCAUGAUUCGAAAGGUUACAAAAUAUUUAUUGGUCUUGUAAAAUUGUGAAACACAUUUCGAUGAUGUGGUUUGCACUGUGGUUAAAUGAUUUAACUUUGAAUACAAUUGUAGGUUCUAAUGAACUAUAUCAUAUUUAAAACGAUAUAAUAUUGCAUAUAAGAUUUACAGACAUUAGUAUACCAGUAAAUGAAGAUAUUAUUUCAAAACAUUUUACUUAUUUCAAUGUGAGCCACAUAGAGCUUAUUUCGUAGUCAACCGCUAUCAAUACGCUUCGAAAGAUAUUUUGCUUUAUUUAUUAAGCAAAUUAAUGUAAUUAUGAUUAUUAUAUUUUAUAUAUAUUAUAUACAUAGUCAAUUUAAAAGUCAUAGUUUUUAAAAGAAAAUAUAUACAUUAGUUGGUGAUUGAAGCAAAUGUUUAGUUACGGUUAUAUAUUUAGAACGUUGGAGGCAAAUUUUAUCAAAGUUAAAUAAUUGUUGAUCUUGAAAAUAUUUUAGCCAAUUCAAAUAGAAACAUAUCAAUAAAACAUAUUCAAAUAAAAACUUAUAUUACUAAAAAAAUAGGAGAUCAAACCUGAUUCUUAAUUGCCUUACAUAGUCGGUAAUAUAAAUAUAUGUGUGAAUUGAAGAUCAGAAAUAAAUUUAUUAAGUAUAUAA